UCGGGAAGGGGAGUGUGGUGAAGUUGUCGUCGUCUUCCUGAUAUUCGAAUCUGCGGUGAUGGGGUUCAGAAUCCGUGCGGGUGACUUCGCUUAGUGCGACUCCGCUAGGGCUUGCCGCUGGUCACGUGUCACGUGAUGUUCCGCCGGGGCGGCUGAAGUUUGGGUCUCCAUAGGAGGUCGGGAAUGGGAAUAGAGACUUGUGCUUUUGCGCGUUGGGUUCUUGUUCUCUGCGGGGACGUUAUUACUUUCUUUUAUUUUUAGCCAAUUCCCAUUACUAGAGGACCGAACAUCAUGUCGCAGACGGUUGGAAAGACCCGUCUCGCCUACUCUCGAGCUUGGCACCAUGUCGACGUCGGUACUGACCCGCGCAGUCUCGGCCGGGUCGCUUCCUCCAUCGCCCUCCACCUGAUGGGGAAGCAUAAGCCUAUCUAUGACCCUUCCACCGACUGCGGUGACUACGUCGUCGCCGUGGGCUGUCACGAUCUGAAGACCACCGGCAAAAAGCGCUUCCAGAAGAAGUACUACACCCACACGACCCGGCCCGGUAGCCUGCGGAGCAUGACGAUGGACAUGAUGUUCGAGAAAUGGGGCGGUGGAGAGGUCCUACGACGAGCUGUUAAGGGAAUGCUGCCCAAGAAUCGCCUGCGGGAGAAGCGGUUAGCUAGGCUGAAGACUUUUGAGGGUCUGGCUCACCCUUACGAGCAGAAUAUCGUCAAGUUCGGGAAUAAGUCGGUUAUUGCGAAUAUGCCGGAGGUGAAGGAGGCGUUUAAGGAGGCCAAGCCUGAGGCCUAGUCUUGCUCUUCUCUCGUUCUCAGUUUCCGGGUAGCUCACAGAUGGUCUACUGUAUUUGUUCUUCUGUAAUUUUAUGGUUUUUGCUGUUUAUAUGCUAGCGCAUGGGUGGGAGUUCUCUUUGAUCUGUUUUGAUAU